CACUCUCCGACACACACACACUCUCCGACACACACACACUCCCAUUCUGUCAGUUGGUCGAGACAAGCUGAUUGGCUGCUGCGGGACUCUCCCUACUCAGAAGGCGUGGCUGAGCACAAAAGGGGUGGGACUUGUUGGGACUGUCUUCGUUUCCAUGGAAGCGAGAGUGGUGACUUACCGUUUGUACCCGUCUCACCCUCUCAGGGUCUCGUCUCAGCUGACGACUUGUCCUCAUGUGACCUCACCCGCCUCGGCUUCAUCUCUCACAUCGAGCUCUCCACCUUCCUGCUCGCUCUGGGCAUCCAAACCAAACGCCACCGCCCGCCGCGCCGCAGGACUCGGGACAGCGGUGUCUUCGCUGUUCCUCUAAAUUCGCUAUUAGAAAACGACAGGAAGAGGUUUCCAGGGGUUAAAGUUCCUGUCGUCUUCCAGAAGUUAUUGUGUACUUUAGAGCAGACUGGUCUGCAGACUGAAGGGAUUCUCAGAGUUCCAGGAUCAGCUGCUCGCCUGAAGUGCCUGCGUAGAGACUUAGACAGGUGUUGUGGAGAGUUCGACUGGUCUGCAGUGAGACAGGUGGAGGCUGCAGGUCUGCUGAAGCUUUUCAUCAGAGAACUGCCGACACCUCUGCUGACACACACACACCUGUCCACCUACCGCUCUGUGCUGGGUGUCUCCUCGGUGGUCCACCAGGUUCAGGCUCUGCAGCUUCUGUCGUUGCUCCUUCCUGAAGUGAACAGAGAAACACUCAGAGCUCUGCUAGUCUUCCUACGUAAGGUGGUCUCUCAUCAGGACCAGAACAGGAUGUCUCUGUGGAAUGUCUCCAUGGUAAUGGCGCCAAACCUGUUCACCUACACUCACCGUGGCAACAAGCUCUCCAUCGCCAAGCAACGGGAGGAGAUGGAGGAGGCGGUGGGCGGAGCUCACCUGGUCCGACUGAUGAUCACACACCAGGACCUGUUGUGGACCGUCCCCAGCUUCCUGCUGACUCAGGUGAGACAGAUGAACCACGCAUCCAAUCAAAAACAGUUCGGCCUGACCAAAGCAACAAGACGACUGCUGAGGAGGAAGAACGACAAGAACGACAGAAACCAGGUGAGAUCAGAGAACCAGGUGAGGUAAGAGAACCAGGUGAGAUCAGAGCCAGGUGAGAAAAGAGAACCAGGUGAGAUCAGAGAACCAGGUGAGAUAAGAGAACCAGGUGCGGCCAGAGAACCAGGUGAGAUCAGAUAACCAGGUGAUAUCAGAGAACCAGGUGAGGUCAGAGAACCA